AUGCUCACUCCGGGAUAUCAACAUCCGCAACAGCAUCAUCAACCGGUCACCAAUUGCGCACCCGGCAUUCCUUCCCCAUCUUCAACCGUUUUACCAUCAUUUAACAUUACAAGCCACCUACCGACCGGACCCACUCAACUUUCAAAUAUUCCGGAAAAGGAAGCUGGGAAUACAAUCAUUCCUGGAAAUGGUUACAAUCCGGGAAGUUAUUAUCAAUCUAUGGUACCACCACAAUCCGCCUUUGGACAGCAGUUAUUCAUCAAGAAUGAAAAUGGUUAUGGAUCACGCGGAGCUGCUGCAUUCGGGUCAGAUAUGCAUUUUGUUCCCGAGACACCACUCAUGCAAAAUUCAUAUCUAUUUAGUUCUGCAUCAACAUCAACUUCAGCUGAUUAUUCUUAUGAUCUUAUUAAGCCGGAUCCUGAAACAUUUUUUGGUCAUGCAUGCUCAUCACAUCCGUUUGUUAGGCCUCAUUAUCCCCACUUUCCGUUUGCCAUGCAACCGAUGACAUCCAAUGUCACGACUGGUCCCAACUACCUCCAAAAUCCGAUUCAAUGCCAGUGGAUCGAACGCAAUAGGAUAUGUGGUCGAUUAUUUUACUCUAUCGAACAUAUCGUAUCCCAUCUGCAACAUGAACAUGUGGGUGUGUCGGAUACUGCCUUCCAUGUAUGUCAAUGGAAAGAUUGCUCAAGGAGGGGAAAAAUUUUUAAAGCAAAAUAUAAACUUGUGAAUCAUAUUCGGGUACAUACGGGUGAAAGGCCAUUUCCAUGUACAAUGUGCUCAAAAGUUUUUGCAAGAAGUGAAAAUUUGAAAAUUCAUCAAAGAACGCAUACAGGUGAUAAGCCGUUUACUUGUACACAUCCUGGUUGCGAUCGUAAAUUCGCUAAUAGUAGCGAUCGAAAGAAACACAUGCACGUUCACACCAAUGAUAAACCAUACGAAUGCAAAAUUAAUGGAUGUCGCAAAUCUUACACACAUCCAUCCUCACUUCGAAAACAUUUAAAGAUACAUUGCAAAAGUGGACAGUGUAUAUCACCAGAUGUGGAAGAAAAUGAUAAUAAUGGACAAACAAGUGCUAAUAAUACUGCUAAUACAUCUGUAACAACAGUCACUGCUGCUCCAUCAUUGUCUUCAGAACAAUCAUUUCAAUUAGCACCAGAAUCUCACUGUUCAUUUUUCUUGAAUCCGAUGAAUCAACAACGAUUCCCUAGGUUUUCAUCCAAUAAUCCAACAAUGCAUGGUAGCUUUGUUACACCUAAUCCAUAUCAAACAACUUCAAAUACGAUGAUGUCGACAAAUGGAAGCUUUCAGCUACCUGAUUUUAAUGUUUAUACACAUUUUCCACCAAAAAUGUCCAUACAAUAA